AUGAUAAUAUUGUUGGGGUUAGUAUUGGUGCUGCUGCUUCAGGCAGCUUGCAGGGUUCCUAUUUGUAAAUGUACCACCUGUAAGACUCUUUCUGUUCUUCACAAAUACUAUCAGCCGGGAGACCUCAUCAUUGCUGGCAUUAUUUCUCAGAUCUUCAUGACCUCUGAAGAGAGGACAUUUGCAACACAUCCCUUCCAGGAGCUGUUUGAUGAACUCAUCUACUUUCUUGCAAGCUGGACCUAUCGUGCCUCAAUAGAAAUCCUCUCUGCAAGGGGCAAUUUCAUCCCUAACUACAUGUGCAACACCCGGGACAAUCUGGCAGCAGUCAUUGGUGGUCCGAAUUCAGAUGUCUGUUCCUUCAUGGCAACCAUCCUGUGCCUGUACAAGAUCCCACAAAUCAUAUAUGGGUCAUCUCCACUGAUGAGGAACAAUGUCCAAGCUGUGUUCUUCCAUCAAUUGUUUCCAAAUGGGAACCAUCAAUAUACUGGGAUGCUGAAGUUACUGCAGCAUUUCAAGUGGAUAUGGAUUGGAAUUAUGUAUGUAGACAAUGAGAAUGGAGAAAGCUUUGUGCAGAACGUUAUUCCCAGAUUUUCCCACGGAGGAAUCUGUUUCGACUUCAUAAAAAAAUUUCCAAAAUUGACUUCUUCCAAUGACACCAGUGAAAUGUUGGCGGAUGGCCUUAAAGCUUAUAAUAUUGUCAAAGGAAGUACUGCCAAUGUGGUGGUUGUACAUGGUGAAAUUGACUCUAUGAUAAUUUUGAGAACUUUGCACCACAUUUCAGAAUUUCUGGAUGAAGCAAUGGCUAAAGUUUGGGUUAUGACAGCCCAGAUAGAUUUUACAUCAUUUACAUUUCAAAGAGGUUGGAGCAUAGACUUCCUCCAUGGUGCCAUAUCCUUUGCAGUCCACUCAAAGGAUGUGUUAGGAUUCAGGGACUUUCUUCAGAUCAGAAAUCCUACCUCAAACAAAGAAGAUGGUUUUAUCCAGGACUUCUGGGAAUAUGUAUUUAAUUGUUCUUUCCGCAGCCCCACAAUAGAAACACACUCUAAGGAACUCUGCACUGGGGAGGAGAAGCUGGAGUCUCUUCCUGGGUCCAUCUUUGAGAUGAGCAUGACUAGCUACAGCUACAACAUCUACAUUGCCAUUUAUGCACUGGCUCAUGCUUUGCAUGCCAUGCAUUCAUCCAAACCUAAACACAGAGGGAUGACUGAUCUAGGGAGGCCAAAGUUUCUGAAUCAACAUCCAUGGCAGCUUCACCGAUUUCUGAGGAGGGUGUCAUUUAACAGCAGUAGUGGUGAAACCAUUUCCUUUGAUCAACAUGGAGAAUUGGUAGCUGGAUUUGACAUUAUCAACUGGGUCACAUUCCCAAACCAGUCCUUCCUUCGAGUCAAAGUUGGUCAGAUAGACCCAAAGGCUUGCCCAGAAGAAACAUUUGUGAUUUAUGAAGAUGCUAUCACAUGGCCCUGCGGAUUCAAACAGGCACAACCUCUUUCUCAGUGUAAUGAAAACUGCCCUUUUGGUUAUAGUAAAGCAAGCAAGGAAGGGGAGCCAUUUUGUUGCUAUGACUGCCUUACAUGUCCAGAAGGGAAGAUUUCGGACAAAAACGACAUGGAUGCCUGUUUCCAGUGUCCAGAAGACCAUUAUCCGAACAGCUACCAGGAUUCAUGCCUUCUGAAAAAGAUGACUUUCUUGUCUUAUGGGGAACCUUUGGGCAUCAUCCUGGCGAUUUUUGCUUUUUCAUUUUCUUUCCUUACAGUUUUAGUGCUUCGGGUCUUCAUCAAGCACCAGGACACUCCCAUAGUCAAAGCCAACAACCGGGACCUCACCUACACACUCCUCGUCUCCCUCCUGCUCUCCUUUCUUUGUGCUUUGCUAUUCAUUGGCCAACCCGAAAAGGUGACCUGUCUGUUUCGACAAAUAACAUUUGGCAUCAUCUUCACAGUUGCUGUUUCUUGCCUUUUGGCCAAAACAAUCACUGUGGUUCUAGCUUUCAUGGUGACCCAACCAGGAUCAAGAAUGAGAAAAUGGGUGGGGAAAAGACUGGCCAGCUCCACAGUUAUUUCCUGCUCCCUUGCUCAAGGCAUGAUUUGUACUGUGUGGUUAGCAACCUCUCCUCCCUUCCCAGAUUCUGAUAUGCAUUCAGUGAUUGAAGAAAUUGUACUGGAAUGUAAUGAUGGGUCAGUGACCAUGUUCUUCUGUGUUCUGGGCUACAUAGGCUUCCUAGCCAUUGUCAGUUUCACAGUGGCUUUCCUAGCCAGGAAAUUACCUGACAGAUUCAAUGAAGCCAAGUUCAUCACCUUCAGUAUGUUGGUCUUCUGCAGUGUCUGGUUGUCCUUUGUUCCAACCUACUUGAGCACCAAGGGGAAAUACAUGGUAGCUGUGGAGAUCUUCUCUAUUUUAGCCUCCAGUGCUGGGUUACUGGGCUGCAUCUUUGGCCCCAAGUGUUACAUCAUUGUGAUGAGACCUGAUAUGAACAAAAAUAAAAGGCUAAUAAAGGGAAAUAAAUGA